AUGGAAGAAAUACAAAGAGAUGAGUUGAUCAAAUGGGGAAUACCAGAGGAAGAAAUAGAAGAAGAAGAGCGUGCAAAAGUAGAAAUAUGGAAAUACAUAUUCGGGUUUGUAGAAAUGGCGGUAGUGAAAUGUGCCAUUGAGCUUGGCAUAGCUGACGUCAUAGCAACCCAUGGACGUCCCAUGACACUUCUAGAGCUGUCAUCAGCCCUAGACUGUGAUCCUCAAAACCUUCACCGGAUCAUGAGGUUUUUGGUCAACCGUGCAAUAUUCAAAGAGAUCCUCAUCAGAAACGACGCCGUCCCAACUGCAUAUUACGCACAAACACCUAUUUCUCGCCGGUUGAUGAGAACCGGAGAGAACAGCAUGGCGGCGUUCAUUCUGCUGGAGAGCAGCCCGCCGAUGCUGGCGCCGUGGCACGGACUGAGCGCCCGUGUCAUGGCCAGAGGUACCUCGGCGUUUGAGGCGGCGCACGGUGAGGACAUCUGGAAAUAUGCCGAGGCGAACCCUGGCCACGCCCGGCUCAUCGAUGAGGCCAUGGCUUGUGAUGCCAGGGUGGCGGUGCCGGCAAUUAUUGACGGUUGUUCCGAUGUGUUUGACGGGGUUCGAACCCUCGUCGACGUCGGUGGAGGCAACGGGACGGCCCUGCGGAUGUUGGUUAAGGGUUGUCCUUGGAUUAGUAAGGGCAUUAACUUUGAUCUUCCUCAUGUUGCGUCUGUUGCAGAAAAGUGUGAGGGCAUUGAGCAUGUUGGAGGUGACAUGUUUGAGUUCGUUCCCAAGGCUGAUGCUGUUUUUCUGAUGUGGGUUCUUCAUGACUGGGCCGACGAUGAGUGUAUCCACAUACUGAAAAAGUGUAGGGCAGCUAUUCCAAAGGACAUAGGGAAGGUGAUAAUAGCAGAAGCUGUAAUUGGUAAUAAAGAGCAACAGAAAGAAGACAACAAGCUAAAGGAUGUGGGGUUGGUUCUGGAUAUGGUGAUGAUGGCUCAUACUACAAAAGGCAAAGAGAGGACCUUGGAUGAAUGGGCAUAUGUUAUUCGCGAGGCUGGUUUUAGCCGACACACCGUGAGGUCCAUCGCUGCUGUCCAAUCUGUCAUCGAGGCUUUUCCAGCUUGA